AUGUCGCUCUCCAACGACCCAGGCCAUUACUUCCAAACGACCUCGGCUCUUGAGGAGACAGCCCGCAAGGCUGCCAAGUCGAAGAACACAAAGGGCAACCCCACCAAGCUCCCAUCCAAGAUCCUCGCCGUCAUCGCGGAUCCUCAGGAUGAGCACCAUGUCUACGUAGCUGAAGCUGCAGGCAGCGUGAAGCAUAUCAAUAUUGAAACUAGCAAAGUCGUUGCUACUUUUUCCGGCCCCACUGCUCCCCUGACCUCCAUCGCCGUGUCACCAAAAUCCGGUACGCUGUUUGCGGGCUGCUGGGACAAGUCGAUAUGGUCCUGGUCACUCUCAUCUCGGAAAGUGUCCACCCGCUUUCAAGGCCACAGUGAUUUCGUCAAGGCCAUCAUAUCCUUUACCUUGAAUGGCAAGGAGGUUCUCGUCUCAGCCUCUCAGGAUGCGAGCAUCAUAGUGUGGGAUGUAGCUGCUGGAAAGAAGCUUCACACACUCAAAGGACACACGCGUGGUAUCCUUGCUCUUGCACUAGAUCCGGUUGAUUAUGAACCUGGGAAAGACGCCAUCACUGUCUUCAGUGCCGGAAGCGAUCGAGAAAUCAGACGCUGGCAGAUUGCAUCUUCCUCAGCUUGCGAAAUCCAGCCGUCACCAAUCAUUUCCCACGAGACUAGUAUCGAUGCUCUGCAUUUCGAUACUGAUGGUGAUCUAUGGACCGCAUCAGCAGACAAGACGGCAAAAUGUCUAUCCAGAGGCCGAGAUUGGGAAGAAGAUUCCAAGUUUGAGCACCCUGACUUUGUUCGCGACGUCGUGAUUGACGAAGCUGGCGGGUGGAUCGUGACCGCAUGCAGAGACGAAGAAGUCCGUGUAUGGGAGAGAGCUAGCGGCAGAUUGCACCACACUUUUAGUGGGCACUUCGAAGAGGUCACAGGACUUCUCUUGAUGGGGCAGCGUCUAAUCAGCGUCAGUAUCGACGCCACAGUGAGACAGUGGAGCCUGAAGCCACAAGAGCUUGCCAAGGCUAUUGAGGAAGCUGAGAAGGAACGACUCGGAGAAGAGACCGCAAAGGAACCAGAGCGAAAAGAGAGUCUAAUGACCUUGGAAGAAGAAGCAGAGCUCGCUGAGCUCUUAGAAGAUAGCGAUUAG